CUACGCAACAACAUAUACAAUAUCAUCUCUUUCAAGCACUUCAUCUUUGAUUCUUCUACAGUUUUAGUACUGUUUCUUAUUCUUCAUCGAUUAUCAAAGAUGAUGUCAGUCGAAAAACAGUUUGUACACCUCAAAAUACAACUCGCUUCUAUAAUAUCGGCAACCAACAAUUUUUCCGAAGAAAAUUGUAUCGGGAAAGGUGGAUUUGGAAACGUGUACAAAGGAGAUCUCGUCCACUCGAAGGGGAAAACAAAGGUUGCUGUAAAACGUUUAGUAAGUGAAUUUGGACAAGGAAAUUCUGAGUUUUGGAAAGAGGUCAUUAUGCUCUCCGUUUACAGGCAUGAUAACAUCAUCACCCUCAUAGGUUUUUGUGAUGAAAUGAGCGAGAAGAUCCUUGUGUACGAUUAUGUGUCUAACAAAAGUCUCGAUUUGCAUCUCAACAACAAGGAUCUAAACUGGGUUCAACGACUUACAAUAUGCAUAGGGGCAGCUCGGGGAUUGGCAUACCUUCACAAUCCUGCUAACACCCAUCAAAGAGUAUUACACCGUGAUAUAAAAAGUUCCAACGUCUUAUUAGAUGAAAAUUGGAAUGCAAAGAUCGCUGAUUUUGGUUUAUCAAAAUUUGGUCCUGCUAACCAGCAGUACACGUUUAUUGUCUCCAAUAAUGUUGUAGGCACCAUUGGGUAUUGUGAUCCGUUGUAUUUAGAGUCGGGUUUACUAACAAAGGAGUCAGAUGUUUACUCUUUUGGUGUGGUGUUGUUUGAAGUUUUAUGUGGGAGGUUGUGUAUUGGGAAGAAAGAAAACUCUCACACUUUUACUCAGUUGGUACGAAAACAUUACAAAGAGGACAACAUGUAUGGAAUUAUUUUCAGUCAUAUAAAAGAUGAAAUACAUCCUAACUCUUUGAAAGCGUUUACAACAAUUGCUUAUCAAUGUUUGAAGCGAGACCACAAAAGACGUCCAUUAAUGACGGAGAUCGCAACACAACUUGAAACUGCACUUAAUUAUCAAGGACCUGAGGUAAGAAGUGGGGAUGUACCUAAACCAAUUCCCCUUCAGGAGGGAAAAGAAUUCAAUUUCACAAUAAAAAGUGGAGUCAGCACAAACGACACUGUUAGUGUAAAUUAUGAUGGCUUUAUAAACGAUGUCGAACCUGGCGAUAUUGUACUGGUUGAUGGAGGGAUGAUGUCAUUGGCUGUUAAAUCUAAGACCAAAAGUUUAGUAAAAUGUGAAGUAAUUGAUGGUGGAGAACUGAAAUCAAAGAGCAAUCUCAUUGUGCGUAGAAAAAGUCCAUCUUUACCUUCAAUAACAGGUCCCAAAUCAAAUAAAUCAACUGGAAACUAUAAUCAGAUUGAGGAAAAGAAAAUUCCAAAUACACCACAUACAAUUGAGAGCUUAAAUCAACUAAAAGAGAAUGUGCAUAUGAUAGAGCCAGAGGAAUCGUGGGCAGGAGAGUCAGUUGACGACGUGGAGAAGCUAAAAUCUACUUUACAAAAUGUGUAUGCCGAGUUGGAUGUUGAGAGAGAGGCUUCCGCAACGGCCGCCAGUGAGGCAUUGUCGAUGAUCCUCCAGCUUCAAGAGGAGAAGGCAAAAAUGCAAAUGGAGACCUCGCAGUAUAAAAGAAUUAUGGAAGAACGAUAUGAAAUACAAUCAAGAAGCUUUGAAACAAAUCAAGAAUAGGAAAAAGUUUACAAAAAUCAAAGGUACGAUCAUAUAGCAACGAGUAUAUUAUAAUAAUCUAUAAGUUUUAUAAAAAAAAGGAAGAAAGAAAGAGAUGGUGCAAUCACAUUUGAAACCUAUCCAAUUCAUCAUUCCUACUCAAGGUUGAGUGUUUAACUCUUUUUUAAUUAAGGUUGUUGCCAAUUUUUUUUUUAUAUAUCUUUCUUUAAUUGAAGUAGGUGGAUGGUAGAUGUCUAGUUUUAAAUGUAUGUCCCUUUUGUAUUAAAAUAUUAUUGAAUGAAAAAUAGUAGAUACUUUCUCUCAA